GAUGGAUCAUCUCUCACUCGCCGUCUGGGAGCUGCCCCACCUCUCUCUUUGUGUGCACCCUCAAGGCAGCACCUCACGAGCAACACAGAAUCCCGAUCGCUUUCACCACAAGUGCGCUGCUUGUUCAGAGCCAAUGCGACCCAAAAGGUCGGGCGGGCCAGAAAAACACACACAGCACACGCAAGCGGCCGCCACAUGAAUGGAAAGUACACACACGCACCCGGCCGGCCGGCCGGCAUUAUACACACACAUAGCUCAAAAAAGAAAGAAUCCAUCUUCUCCCUCCUUGUUAGCCGUUAGCCACGAUUGUCACCUUUACCCUGUCUGUCUGCCUGUCCAUCUGCCCCGCCCUCAAAACAACCCAGCAAUCACACUCCCCCCAGCACACACUCCCCCCCCACAAACACGCACACGUCCCUUCCUCCCUCCCUCCCUCCCUCCCUGCCUUUAGCCAGUGGUGAUCCUCAAGAGCGGCACUGGUCGUGGAAGGAUGAUUGGCUCGGUGCGUACAAGUGUCAGCUUGCCGGUGGCCUUGUCGCGCAAGUAAGUGUUGUUCUGGACGUGGAAGCCGGUGACGAGCUGCCGGUGGACGACGGGCCGCUCUGCACGUCGAGUGGGCUCGGCAGCGGGCGGUUGGCGCGUGACGAUGAGGGGACGGACGCUGCCUGGUUUGGCGGCCGGGGGCGUAUUCCGUGCCAAAGUCGGGGCGACGGCGGUUGUGGGUGCGGGUGCGGGUGCGGGUGUCUGUGUGUGUGGGCCGGGGGCGGCACACAGCUGACGGCCUCCUCGGAAGAUGGCGGCGAUGGGCCGUGUGGGCCUGUGGGCGGCACUCAUGUGAGGCGGCAUUGGCGUGGCUGUGGGCACCUUAAGGUGGUGCGCGGGAGGGGGAGGGGGAGGGAAGUGAGAGGCAUGUCCGUGAUGGAGUGGCACGGCCAGCGGGUGGGCCAUGAGGUGGUGGGCGGGCGGCUGGUGACUCGGAGGCGCCAGCAAGGCGAGAGCUGGUGGCGGGCUCGGGGUGCCGUGCUGCCGUCUCGUUUCUCCGACCUCAACACGCACAUCCGCACUCAAAUGGUGGCGGUCCUCCUCCGAGUCGAGGUCGGGCCAGUCGUCGUCGUCAGGGCUCAGCUCUAAUGCAAACUGAUGCAGAGCGUCACGCACCUGCACACAAUCACACAAUCACAAUCACACAACGAGACAUGGAUGCACUGAGUGAAGUGCAGUGCAGUGCAGCGCAGCAGGGGCUGUGUGUGGGUGUGUGUGGCGCAUGUACUCACUCCGUUGGCAGCGUCUCUCGGGAAUGUCGCUGACUCGUCGUGGAACUGCUGGAUGAGCUCGACCAGAUCGUGGGGCACUGCUGCAUCGCUGCAGCACCUCAGCAGAGUGCGCGUGGCGCACCACACAUCACGGCCCAUGUCCAGUACACGCGGACCCUGCCACACACACACACACACACACACACAAAACACAACACAACACCAUAGUGAAUCAGUGCAUUGUCUCCAUGUAUGUGGACGCACUUACAUCUUCCUGUGGCGCGACGACCUGCCCCAGUGGCUGUCCGGGUGGGCGGCCGUGGCGCCCCGCCGCUGGGUCUCUCCUCAGCCUGUCGAGGUCGAUGAGGACCGGCUCGUAUGCUCCGUCAGCCGACUGGCGCAGACCAAUGUUACUCCCCUGCAGAGACAACCAACCAACCAACCAGCGGACACACAGCACAUGACAGCAUAUGACAUCACACGACAUCACAUCACAUGUGUGUGGCUGAUAUACACACAUUAACUACAUAAGCGCGUCUGUCUGUGUCACACACAGUCUGUGCGUUGCUCUCCGUUGGCUCACUUACGUGUAUGUCUCCGUGGACCAGCAAGUCGUCUUGGAGCUGCCCCAGAGCCGCACACAGGCCGUCGCCGAUCUGCUUGAGCGCGAGCAUGGCCUCGCGGGGCCGCCGGUGGGACAGGUCGACCUCCUGCAGCGUCACUGCAUCAUAUCAACGCAGACACACACACAACACGCAGAGAGAGAGAGAGAGAGACGAGGAUUGGUUUCGCCAUGCACAUGCAGGCAAGGGCAACUGACUUGCCUGCCUGCCUGCCUAACUGGCUCAUCCAUUCAGUUCAUUGGCUGCUUACAGUCGAUCCACUCCAUGCGAUAGGCCGUGAGGCGCUCGCCGUUGGGGCCGGGGAUGUGGUAGACGUCGUGGACGUUGACGAUGUUGCGGUGGGACCUGCCGUGUCGGCGGCAGCUGGCCAGCCACAGAUCGUUGCCCGUGUGGACGUACUCGCCCGCCUGACACAGGACAGCACAAACAGAGAGACAGUGACAGAAUCAACGAGGCUGCCCGCAUGCGUACCGGCGUGGCGCAGUCGUGGCCUUCAUGCAGUAUCUUGACGGCCACUCGACGGCCGCCCUCGUCCGUCAUCGCCACGACACUGCCGAACCGACCCACACGCACAGGCUCACGGCCGUCAAGCCGCAGACUGCACUCCCUCUCCAGCCAACCCUGGUCAGUCAAAAGACGCCGACACACUCAGGGAAGGGUCACUUCCGCAUGUGCAGCUAACUGUGAGUGACUCACCGUGGCCACGGCUAUGUCCCUCUCUCGCAGCUCUUCGGCGGCUUUGGCGUUGGCAGGGGCACCUCUGUCGGCCUGCAUGACACCGUAACAGUCCAUCAGCCCAUCACGACGACACUGCACAGAAUCAAACAUAUCAGUCAGCGAAACUCACCGUCAUACUUGCCGUCAUACGGGUGCAAGUCAGUCGUCAAUCAGUCAGUCAGUUUCGUCUCGACCGCUCGGCUCGACCUGAGUGCAAGCU